CGUCGUUUUCACUGAGUCUGAUUUCUAAGAGAUAUUGGCAUCAACAAGACGGAGAGAGGGACGAAAGUUUGUAUCCUGGUAAUUGGUAAACGGGCAGUUGUUGAGUUGCAGGUUUGGGGAUUCGAGGAGACGAAAGGGAUGGCGAGUACGGCGUGUUUUAUGAUCGUAAGCAGGAACGACAUUCCCAUCUACGAAGCCGAAGUUGGAACUGCACCUAAAAAAGAGGAUGCUGCUCAUCAGCACCAGUUCAUAUUACAUGCAGCAUUAGACAUUGUGCAGGAUCUGGCAUGGACUACCAGUGCAAUGUUCCUGAAGGCAAUUGACCGGUUCAAUGAUUUGGCAGUUUCAGUAUAUGUCACUGCAGGUCAUACACGACUGAUGCUGCUUCACGAUUCUCGCAAUGAUGAUGGGAUCAAAAGCUUCUUCCAAGAAGUUCAUGAGCUUUAUAUAAAGACUCUGCUUAAUCCCCUCUACUUACCUGGAUCUCGAAUUACAUCAUCUCAUUUUGAUACAAAGGUUAGAGCUCUCGCCAGAAAGUACCUCUGAAGCACAAAAAACUGAGACUCUGCCUGAGGCUCCAAUCUACAGCAGCAUCAUAUAUGUUUCUCAUUUGUACCAAGAAAAUCUACACCAAGAGCUCUCUUUGCUGUAUCUAUCAAAUUUUUUUGAAGGUUAUUAUCUGGUCAUUUUAAAAGAAUAUAGUAUAUACUUUUUCAUUAUAGUGAUUAUACGUGUGUGUAUGGUA